AUGAGGCGGGAGACUAUGCAGGCAUGCUGCACUUGUGCAACGCUUCUUACCCAGGUGCCCCGCUACGCCGACAACGAGAAACCAUUACCAAAUGACAGAGCCCUCGAGUGCUGUCCGCGUGUGAUAUGUGGCAACUGUAUACAUAACAACUAUCGCUUCCAAACAUACUGCCCCUAUUGCCAAAUCUCGACCACGCCCUCAAGACUACCCCAGGGUCUUAAGGAGCCGCCUUCAUACAACUCAGCGGCCGAGAGCUCCAAAGACAGCCGCCGCCACGGUCCGCCGCCGCCCUAUUCGGCAUCGGUUACGACCAAUACGACGGCUGGAGGAAAGCGUCAUGUCGACCCGCUCGAUGAAAAGUCUGUCCCGCUGGAUAAUGACGAAGAGGUGGCCGAAGACGUACUGCACUUUUUGAAUCACGAACACGACACCGUGACCUCGCUGUCGCUGCGCUACGGCGUCCCGGCCAACGUGCUGCGCCGGGCCAAUAACAUCACCUCUGACCACCUCAUCCUAGGUCGAAAGACCGUCAUCAUCCCUGGUGAAUACUACAAGGGAGGCGUCAGUCUCUCGCCGACGCCCAUAGACGGGGAAGAGGAGGAGCUGAGAAAGGGCAAGAUACGCCGAUUUAUGGUCGCCUGCAAAGUAUCAGAGUACGAUGUAGCCGUACUAUACCUCCAGCAAUCAGAUUAUGACCUGGAGGCUGCCACAAUAGCAUACAUUGCAGAUGAAGAAUGGGAAGCCAGCCAUCCAGUCGAGGGAGCUCUAGGAAAGAAGACUGCAAGAGCUGGGGGCGCUGGAUUGGGGAGGAGUAGGGGUUUUCAGAGGGGCCGAGGCCGUUGA